UCCAGCCCGGCUGAAGUCUGCCAUUACUCCUAGACCACGUCUUGCCCCAGCGCGGAGCCCAGAACUCAGGAGUGGGGAAAGUGGGGUGCACACCCAAGGCCCUCCUCUUCUCUCUUCUCUCCCCGGCCCUCCCCAGGUACAGCCAUGUCACUGCCUGUAGAUCCUUUGGGGACGGCCAGGCUGAGUCCGGAGGACCUGGUGAGCCAGACUCGGCAAGUGGUCCAAGGCCUGGAAGCCUUGAGGGCUGAGCACCGCGGCUUGGCCGGACAACUCCAGGAAGCCCUGACUGAGGCCGGGGCCAGGCCGGGAGCGGAGACCUUGCCCGGCCUGGACGUGCUGGAGGAGAAGCACCACGCUCUUAGCCAGUCCCUGGAGGCCAUUGAGCUAGGACUGGGAGAGGCCCAGGUGCUGCUCGCGCUGUCCACCCACGUGGGGGCUCUGGAGGCCGAGAAGCAGCGGCUGCGGGCGCAAGCGCGGCGCCUGGCGCAGGAGAACGCGUGGCUGCAGGAAGAGCUGGAGGAGACGAGGCGGAGGCUGCAGGCCAGCGAGGAGACGGUGGCUCAGCUUGAGGAGGAGAAGAGCCACCUGGAGUUCUUGGGCCAGCUGAGGCGCUACGACCCCUCGGACGAUGAAGGCCAGCAGGGCGAGGCCAAGGAAGAGCCAGAGACCAAACAACGGCGGGACAGCCUGGCCUCUCUGUUCUCCAACGAGGAGAAGAAAAGCUCGGAGGCAUUCGGCACGGCAGCCGCCCAGCAAGGGGGCUACGAGAUCCCAGCCCGCCUGAGGACGCUGCACAACCUGGUCAUCCAGUACGCGGGGCAGGGCCGCUACGAGGUGGCCGUGCCCUUGUGCCGCCAGGCCUUGGCGGACCUGGAGCACACCUCCGGCCACUGCCACCCCGACGUGGCCACCAUGCUGAACAUCCUGGCCCUGGUGUACCGGUGA